UGCGCUUCACUUUAAAUCAGGUCGGAACACUCCCACCUGAUCAUAACAAAACCGCAACACAGACAAGAGAGCACAGUUCCCGUGUCGACGUACGAAAGAUUACUUCUGCUCCAAGAUGGGGAGAGCGGACCACAAUAAGAAGACCGAUCCAAAGACGACCUGCAAAUGCGGCUCCUCUUGCCUCGGCCCCAUGACCUUCCAUCCUAGGGCUGUGGGAGACAUGAUCUGCCUGAGCGAGGGCGGUCGACGUGCCGAGAGGAUUGAAGAUACUUUCAAAGGUGGUGUUGUUUUCACCAGUCGCCCUGUGAUGACCUACGAGAAGAUCCGGUUGCUGGUGGAGAAGCACGUGCCACACUGGCAAGGAGCCAUGCGUGUGGGCUUCACCAACGUUAAUCCAUCGGCCAGAUCUUUGCCUCUGCCCCCGUUUUCUAUGCCCAACCUCACCCAAACCUCGGGUCACUGGGCCAUGCCUGUGCAUGAGUCUUACUGUCAGGAAACAUCGGUGCUGGAAUUCUGGGUCACAUACAGCGGCAAAAUAUGUGUGAAAUUUCAAAACUCUGGGAAGCAAAGGCUAGUCGCGAAUGUGGACGUCAGAAAGCCUCUCUGGGCCAUGAUUGAUGUCUACGGCCAGACGUGCUCCGUCUUCCUUCUAGGCUCAAAGACAAAGGGUUUUCUUUUCAAGAAAACAUCUUGCCCUGGCCCUGAACCUCCCAUCAGACGGCCCUCCACUUUCAGUCUUGAAAAUACAACGCUGAGCGAAAGCUCUGACGACAGGACGUCCUGCCUGAACAUGGAAAUCCCAGCAGAUGGCUACUGCGUGGUGUGCAUGGUGCGGCAGACGGACAUCACGCUGCCCUGUGGUCACCGCUGCCUCUGCAAUCACUGCACCCCCAGAGUCCUGGCGCAGUUUGGUACCUGUCCGCUGUGUCGACUGGUGAUCAGCCCUCCACCGGUGAUGUGGACGUGACCCUUUGGAGCUGGCAGAUCGCUAAACCUGCUGCAGAAAGCAUCAAACGCAAACUACUGACAGACUGUAACACUGCAGACAGCAACCACUGAAUGUGUCCUGGUACAGAAACCAAUAAUUGGGGGAUUUCUGAAGGAAAAAAAAAAUCCCCUGAGUGAAGUAAAACCAGGAUUUUAAAAUGAAUAAACCUGAAACUCGUACAAGAGUAAAGGUUUUGAGAUGCUACUAGUGUGAAGACACUUGUUAUUGUUGCUUAUGAUUGUUUUUAAAAAAGAAAAUGUGUUUUUUUAAUUUUUCUAAAAGCACUUUCUUUUGUUAUUUGUAAAGUCUUAUUUGGACUCAGGAUGUUAUUUAUAUGGUAAAUAUAAUAUUUACUUUGAAAUUAUUUUUCAGGGACAAAGUGUAUAUAAUACAGGAUGAUUUUUUUGUAUUAUCAACUGUGGACAUGAAAAUAAACCACGAUACAUUCCACAAAUUUA